CUCUCUCUCUCUCUCUCAAAAGCCGCUAAUCUCUUAGCUAAGUCCCAAGCUCGAUAUCUACAGAUAAUAUAUAUUACCUUAUAAGUAUUGCUGCUAAAUUUUUGCUAGCUUGAAUUUGGCUUCUUUACCCGCAUUUGAGCACUCACGUACGAUGGGCAACAUGGACAAUAUGAACUACGAGUGUCCUCACAAGGUCGCGAUCCCCCCGACGAAGCCCUUCCUCAAGUCGCUUGCGACCACCCUCAAGGAGACCUUCUUCCCCGACGACCCGUUCCGGCAGUUCAGAAGCCAAUCGCCCUCCCGGAAGCUCGUCAUGGGGCUCCAGUACUUCGUCCCAAUCCUCGAGUGGGCCCCGCGCUACACCUUCGACUCCUUCAAGGCCGACCUCGUUGCGGGGAUCACCAUCGCCAGCCUCGCUGUCCCCCAGGGGAUCAGCUACGCCAAGCUGGCGAGCCUACCCCCAAUUAUCGGACUGUAUUCGAGCUUUGUGCCGCCAUUGGUGUAUGCAAUGUUGGGGAGUUCGAGAGAUUUGGCAGUGGGGACGGUAGCGGUGGCCUCGCUGCUCAUAUCUUCAAUGCUUGGCAAGGAAGUGAGUCCAACCGAGCGCACAAAAGAGUAUGUUCAGUUGGUUUUCACUUCCACCUUCUUCGCUGGUGUUUUCCAAGCCUCUCUUGGCUUCUUAAGGCUUGGGUUCGUAGUGGACUUUCUGUCACAUGCAGCAAUAGUGGGGUUCAUGGGAGGAGCAGCGACGGUGGUGUGUCUUCAGCAGCUCAAAGGCAUGCUUGGCUUGGUCCGUUUCACUCACGCCACCGACCUCGUCUCAGUCAUGCGCUCCGUUGUCACUCAAGUCCACGAGUGGAGAUGGGAAAGUGGUGUCCUGGGCUGCUGCUUCCUCUUCUUUCUCUUGCUCACCAGAUACUUGAGCAAAAAGAGGCCGACCUUCUUUUGGAUAAAUGCGAUGGCGCCUCUCACUUCGGUCAUUUUGGGGAGCGUCCUCGUCUAUCUCAGUCAUGCUGAGAAACAUGGAGUUCAAGUGAUUGGACACCUGAAGAAAGGGUUGAAUCCGCCGUCUAUGACUGAACUGGCAUUCGGAUCGCCGCAUUUGAUGACGGCCAUUAAAGUCGGAAUCGUCACUGGCAUCAUCGCUCUUGCUGAAGGUGUGGCUGUUGGGAGGAGUUUUGCCACAUUCAAGAACUACCACAUUGAUGGCAACAAAGAAAUGAUUGCAUUUGGCAUGAUGAACAUUGCAGGCUCUUGCACUUCUUGCUACUUAACCUCGGGGCCAUUUUCAAGAACAGCAGUGAACUUCAAUGCUGGGUGCAAGAGUUCAGUGUCCAACAUUGUGAUGGCAACAGCAGUGAUGAUCACAUUGGUGUUCCUAACUCCGCUGUUCCAUUACACUCCCCUUGUGGUGCUCUCCUCAAUCAUCAUUGCCGCCAUGCUCGGCCUCAUCGACUACGAGGCGGCAAUCCAUCUCUGGAAGAUCGACAAGUUCGACUUCGUUGUCUGCAUUAGCUCGUAUAUUGGUGUCGUCUUCGGGAGCGUCGAGAUCGGCCUGGUCACCGCGGUGGUGUUGUCGUUGGUUAGGGUGCUUAUCUCCAUAGCCAGGCCAAGGACUUUCGCAUUGGGCAACAUUCCCAACUCCAUGAUAUAUCGAAGCAUGGAUCAAUACCCAAAUGCUACGCAUGUUCCCGGAGUCCUCAUCCUUCAGAUAGACUCACCAAUUUAUUUUGCUAAUGCAAACUACUUGAGAGAGAGGAUUUCGAGAUGGAUCUACGAGGAGGAAGACAGGGUGAAAGCGUCGGGAGAAAAUAGCUUGCACUAUAUUGUACUCGACAUGAGCGCCGUCGGAAGCAUUGAUACGAGUGGAAUUAGCAUGCUCGAGGAAACCAAGAAAAAUGUCGACAGAAGAGGACUCAAGCUUGUUAUGGCGAACCCACGGAGCGAGGUGAUAAAGAAGCUAGAAAAGUCCAAGUUCAUCGAAUCCCUUGGUGAAGAAUGGAUUUAUCUGACGGUUGGAGAGGCCGUAGGCGCGUGCAACUUCAUGCUCCACACUUGUAAACAAAAUCACGCCGGGGCCGCAUUCGGUGCGCAAGACUGUAACGUAUGAUCUACACAAUAGGGAUCGAUAAUUCGCCGUAGAGGGUGCAAACUGCAACCACAAAUGCAAAUGGGGCCACUUAGUGCUGUACCCAAAUUGAGUUUGAUUGAAAAGAAGAAUGUGAGGAAGAGGAACAGGGCUCCCACCAUUUCCUUUGAAAGGAAAAGCUUGAAGAAACCAGUCCCAGUCUAGUACUAUGUUGUAUUAUGUGCCAAAUUCGAAUCCAAGAUCUGAUUGCAGCUUU